AAAAGUCGAAGGGUCUCUUUAUAUUUUCAGAAUCAAAAUCUGAAAUUUAUCUCUCGGUCGAUCCAGUCUUCGUGAGUGACUUCGACGACGACGACGAGUCACACUACUCUUGAGCUUCUCAUACUUCACCCAGGUUGAUUUGGGAAAUAAUGGAUGAAUCUCUGGAGCAUCAAACUCAAACACAUGACCAAGAGAGCGAAAUAGUUACUGAAGGAAGUGCCGUUGUGCAUAGUGAGCCAUCUCAAGAGGGUAAUGUUCCUCCUAAAGUUGAUAGUGAAGCUGAGGUCUUGGAUGAGAAAGUCAGUAAGCAGAUUAUAAAGGAAGGUCACGGUUCCAAACCAUCCAAGUACUCUACAUGCUUUUUGCACUACAGGGCAUGGACCAAAAACUCGCAGCACAAAUUUGAGGAUACAUGGCAUGAGCAGCAACCUAUUGAAUUGGUUCUUGGAAAAGAGAAAAAAGAACUAGCCGGUUUAGCCAUCGGUGUUGCUAGCAUGAAGUCUGGUGAACGUGCGCUUGUGCAUGUUGGCUGGGAAUUAGCUUAUGGGAAAGAAGGAAACUUUUCUUUUCCGAAUGUUCCACCUAUGGCAGACUUGUUAUAUGAGGUGGAAGUUAUUGGGUUUGAUGAAACAAAGGAGGGAAAAGCUCGCAGUGAUAUGACUGUAGAGGAAAGGAUUGGUGCAGCAGACAGAAGAAAAAUGGAUGGGAAUUCUCUUUUUAAGGAGGAGAAACUGGAGGAAGCCAUGCAACAGUAUGAAAUGGCCAUAGCAUACAUGGGGGACGAUUUUAUGUUUCAGCUGUAUGGGAAGUACCAGGAUAUGGCUUUAGCAGUUAAAAACCCAUGCCAUCUUAACAUAGCAGCUUGCCUCAUCAAACUAAAACGAUACGAUGAAGCAAUUGGUCACUGCAACAUUGUGUUGACAGAAGAAGAGAAAAACCCAAAAGCACUGUUCAGAAGAGGGAAAGCAAAGGCAGAGCUAGGACAGAUGGACUCAGCACGUGAUGAUUUCCGAAAGGCACAAAAGUAUGCUCCUGACGACAAGGCGAUUAGAAGAGAGCUACGAGCACUUGCAGAGCAAGAGAAAGCCUUGUACCAAAAGCAGAAAGAAAUGUACAAAGGAAUAUUCAAAGGGAAAGAUGAAGGUGGUGCUAAGUCAAAGAGCCUUUUUUGGUUGAUAGUGUUAUGGCAAUGGUUUGUUUCCCUUUUCUCCCGUAUCUUUCGACGCCACAGAGUUAAAGCAGAUUAAUGUAUGAAGAAGGGUAACAAUUCAACUCUAAAAGACCAACGUGAAAGAUCUACCCCCAUUUCUUAUUAGUGAGAAUUUUGAAAAAUAUUUUAUAUAAGAAAAAAAAAUAGUCUCUAUUGUUUUCGAUUAUAAAGUAACUUUAUAUUUUGAUCCAAAAAAAUAAAUUUUUAACAA